GUCCUCGGCGGAGUUUUCAGUGUCCACGUCGACGUAGAAGAUCAAGAUAUUUCUUUUGGAACGCAGCCGCAAGCGGUAAAAUGCAGACUCUUCCGUUUCAGACUUUUCCGUUUCGCAAUAACGAUGAUCUUUGCAAUAGAGGAGAUUAAUAAGAAUCCGGAACUGCUUCCAAACGUUAUUCUGGGCUACAGGAUUUACGAUUCUUGUGGCAUGCCUGAUGUAUCAUUAAAAGCAGCCUUUGAGUUUUUAAACAGCCUGGACGCAACAAAUUCGACCUGUCGAAGAGCUCCAGUGGUUCCUGCUAUAGUCGGGGAUUCUGGAUCAUCACAGACUUUAGGGAUCGCGUCAUUAAUUGGUCCCUUUCGGAUCCCUGUGGUUAGCUAUGUCGCCACGUGUGCCUGUCUGAGCAACAGACGUGAAUAUCCCUCAUUCUUUAGAACGAUCCCAAGCGAUUACUUUCAGGUGAGGGCGUUGGCUCAACUCAUCAAACAUUUCGGAUGGACAUGGAUUGGAACAAUUAGGAGCGACGAUGACUAUGGUAAUUUUGGGAUGCAGGCGUUCAAUGAAGCUGUGAACGAGAUGGGAAUUUGCAUUGCUUUCUCUGAAACUUUUCACAUAACGUACCCAAGGGAGAAAUUACUACAGACUAUAGACGUCCUAAAAAAAUCUUCCACAAAGGUAAUAUUAGCUUUCCUUGCGCAAGCGGACAUGAGCAUAUUACUGCAAGAGGUUGUAAAGCAGAAUAUCACCGGUAUACAAUGGAUAGGAAGCGAGGCUUGGAUCACCACGCCGGUUCUACCACCGCAGGAGAGUAAACUGUUUGUUGUCGGUACAAUUGGAAUUGCAAUCCGAAAAGUGCGAUUGCCAGGGUUGAAAGAAUUCCUAAUGCACACGCACCCGUCUCUUUAUCCCGGAAACCCAUUAGUGCAAGAGUUUUGGGAAAGAGUUUUCAGUUGCAAGUUUAGGAAUACAGAAAGUAACACAGUCCACUACAAAUCCGAUUCCGGGCUUCCAGAAUGCACAGGUAAUGAGACUCUACUUACAGCGCACAACGAGUUCACUGAUGUGUCUGAGUACAGAGUGACCUACAACGUAUAUAAAUCGACCUACGCUAUCGCCCACGCUCUCAAUGAUAUGCUCAGCUGCCAAGAUGGUAACGGACCUUUUCCCAACAAGAGUUGUGCUCAUAUUUCAAACUUCCAACCGUGGCAGGUUCUACAUUACAUGAAAACAGUAAACUUCACAACAAAAAUUGGAGAAAGGAUCUAUUUCGAUAGCAACGGUGAUCCGAUCCCAACAUAUGACAUCGUAAACUGGCAGCCGACAGAUACCGGUGCUGUUACUGUCACAGUGGGGCAGUAUAAUGGAGCGGCGCCAGAUGCACAGAAAUUUAUGUUAGCCGAAGAGUCAAUUGUAUGGACGGGAGGACAAACCACGGUUCCACGAGCGGUCUGUUCUGAAAGCUGUGAUCCCGGAACACGGAAGGCUCCCAGAAAAGGACAACCUAAGUGUUGCUAUGAUUGCGUACAAUGUCCCGAAGGAGAAAUUAGCAACACCACCGAUUCAACCGAUUGCCUUAAAUGCCCACCAGAGUACAAGUCCAAUGAGAACCGAGUGGAGUGCAUAGCAAAAGCGAUCGAAUUUCUAUCAUUUACUGAAGUGAUGGGGAUUAUCCUGGUGAUGCUGGCAUUGGUUGGAUUCUGUAUUACAAUGCUGACAUUUGCAACGUUCUAUACUUAUAGAGAGACACCCAUUGUUAAAGCUAAUAACUCAGAACUAAGUUUCCUUCUUCUUGUUGCUUUAAUGCUUUGCUUUCUCUGUUCAGUUACGUUCAUCGGAGAACCGUCAACAUGGUCCUGCAUGCUUCGCCACACGUCAUUCGGUAUUAUAUUUGUUCUCUGUGUCUCUUGCGUUUUGGGUAAAACGAUUGUUGUUGUCUUGGCAUUCAAAGCUACUCUGCCUAACAGUAACAUAAUGAAGUGGUUCGGCCCAACCCAGCAGCGACUGACGGUCUUAAGCCUUACUGCGCUGCAGUGCUUAAUAUGCACCAUCUGGCUCGCCACAUCGCCGCCAUACCCUCGGAAGAGUACGGAAUAUUUUACCGAGAUAAUAGUUUUUGAAUGCAACGUUGCAUCUGAACUUGCGUUUUAUUGCGUGCUGGGUUACAUUGGAUUCCUCUCCUGUGUGUGUUUUGUGGUCGCCUUUCUAGUUCGACAACUUCCUGACAACUUUAACGAAGCCAAACACAUUACAUUUAGUAUGCUGAUCUUUUGUGCAGUUUGGAUUACCUUUAUCCCAGCUUACGUGAAUUCUCCUGGGAAGUACACUGUGGCCGUGGAAGUUUUUGCCAUUUUAGCGUCCAGCUACGCGUUGUUGUUCUGUAUUUUUGCUCCCAAAUGUUACAUUAUACUCUUUAAACGAGAGCAAAACACAAAGAGACAUGUCAUGGGCAAAACGCCAACCGGCAAGCUUUAA